CUGAGGUCUGACAGGUGUCGUUUGUUGAUCAACGGUUGGGCAGUGGAUCGAAGUAAAGGUGUUUCUGGCCCACUUACCACCUCUACCCACCGAUUUCUCUUGCCCUAUACUGUACAUACUACCAGCUUUGCAGUAUUGGUGCUAUUAGAUCCCAUUGCCUGGUUUCAUGCUUCACAAUCUAGCCUUUGGAAGAAAGUCUUCUCUACCUGCAGGAAUGGCAGUAAAGUCAGGAUAUGCUGUUCAAGAUAAAAAGGAAAUUUUGCUAAGUAUUGAAUAUCAAGAUGUAAAUCCAUUAUAUUGAGGUCUGAAGAAAUACACCAUACACAAGAUUUUUCUUAUAGUUUUGAAUAUUUUGAACUAAAUGAAAAAUCUGUCAAAACAUGUACUUCAUAGAAUAUCUUAAAUAUUUAAAUAUCCUGCUGCAGGAUGGUUGACUGGGAUACUGGUAACUCAAAACUGCAUGCAAGAAGAAUGCAUACAGUUUUAGAAGACUCCAGCUCUUUUCUAGUAGGCAAAAUGUUUCAAGAUGAUGAAGUUGAGCUUAAUGUAAUGGAUUUUGUUGAAACAGAGUACAAACCUGAUAAAUGUGAUGAUAAAAGAAUUAGACGAAGUCUGUCAGUUAACUCGGAAAAUUAUAGACAACGAACAGUAAAGACUGACUUUAAAGACUCAUAUGGUGGCACAAAUGAGAGAUACAAUACUAGAAUAAAUUCCUUACAACCUACUACAAACCAAAUAAUAAACAGAAAAAAGAAAAAGAAAUCUACACUACGUCCUACUUUGGCAGUGGAACAAAAUAAUGAUGUAGAUAUUUCAUUGCAUUUUCCUUAUGCAACUUACCUAAAAAGCCUUUGUGAUGAAGUAGGGGAUGUUCAAAGCCCAAUGUCAGAUUCCUUUCACUCAAAAAUAUUUGACCAGCUUCGUCGUGCUGAUGUACAUUAUCCGUAUGCAUCUCUUUUGGAAGAACUUCACCAAAGUGUUGAAGUUAAGGCUACCAACAUUCCGUCCACAAUAGAAGACACAUAUCAGCAGGAAUCUCAUGAGUUGGGAAUUGCUGAUGUUAUGAGAAGCCUUCACCAUCCAACUACAGUGAAUGAGAAUUCUAAGAAUGUACAGGAUUCUCAUAUAGAGAGCUUUGAUGCACCCUUUAGCACCAUGCUGUUGGGUAUGGUUAUGCAGCAAAAAAUUCAAGAUUAUGCACGUAAUCAUUUCAAUAAAGUAAACACAGUCGGUGAUUUCCGUGGAAUAGGUGAGGUCUUGAAAACCUACAUGCCAAAGUCACAAAGUGAUGACCCUCCCCCAAGUGAACUUCAUUUCUCUUCAUUAUUACAGAAAUUUUCACUUUUUGCACAAGAUAAAGUGAUGCAAGGAACUAACUCAUUUCAUGAAAGCAGCGAUGAGGAGCAUGAGCAAAUCUUGCUAUGGUCUACAUCUGAAUCAUCUCAUAGUGAAGAUGAUGAUUUUGAAUGGAAGCCAACAAGUUGGAAGGCCAAACAAGUGACCAAUGUUGUAAACAUUCCUAAGAAACGAAAAUCGAAAUCUAGGAGAAAGAAAAAGAGGGUAGUUAAAACUGAUUAUUCAAAGUCAAAUGUUCCUAGCUCCUCUCAAAAUUAUUUUAAUUGCACUGGUCAGAAACAUUCAAGUUACUCAGGAAAAGCUGAAAGUGAUUCGAAUACCUCAUCAGCACCAUCAUCCAGGCUCCUGCAACUUAUUAUGGGAAAUAUUCAGAAUACUCCAGAGGAACCUACAAUUGAGAGGCCACAUAAAGUCUUGCAAACAGAGGAAAUAAAAAAUAUGUAUAGAUGUAAUGUUAGACGUAGUAAAAGAAAAGCCAAAAGAAACAAUACUCCAAACUACAUAGAGAAAGAUAGUAUUAAUUUAAAAAAUAAGGUGCAAGAUAAUGAUGACAGCUUAAAAUGCAAACAAAACAAGCAACUCAAAGAAGAAGUUUUAUCAGUGAGUAAUAGCGAAGCAGAAAAUAACGCAGUAGAUAACCCACCAUGUAGCAUAAAAUCAAGUGAACCUCAGUCUCUCUUGAAAGAAUAUCUUUUAAAGCCAGCUGGAGAGGAGAGAAUACAGACAGAGAACUGUGAUAUACCAAAAGUUGAAACAAAUUUUCUGUUUAGUCGUUUAUUGCAAAAUUUUAAAAGUUUAGCUGAAUCUAGCCAUUCUGAUAAUUCUGAAAGAAGACAAAGUUGCACUGGUCCCAGUAUCUUGCGAGGAAUGCUUGUUGGAGGAAACAGUAAUGAACUCGACAGAAUAAAUUGUACAGAGGAAGAAACGCAAGACAAAAAUAACUUUAUUGAACAUAUAGAUCUUUCAACCAUUCAAGAAUGUUCUUCCAAAGAUUCUCUUUUUGAAAGCAGUGGUUCUGUAUGCAAAGUUAAGUAUGAACAAGACAUCAAAAUUGAGUUUGAGGAAGAUGUCCUUUGUAAAAUUGAAUGUGACGAAGAUAAUUUUGAAUGUCAAGUUUGUCACCUUCAGUUUUCUUCUGUAGUAGAUCUUUCCAACCACCAAAUACUGUUUCACUGUAAUGAAGAUCCUCAGACUUCCAACUCCCACAAAUUAUUGCCAUGUAAUGUUGAUGGUCUGCAGAAUAAUGUGCUCCAGGAGAAAUUGCCAGCCUGACAUUGGACUCUGAUGGUGCAUUAUUUAACUGUGCUUCCCACAAUAAUUCAUUUAUCAUGCCAGGCUGGCACUCCACAUGUGCACUGUGCAAUAUGUACAAAUAUUUUAGGAUAAGUAUAUAGUGUUUUUUGUUAUAAAUUCUAUAAAUAUGUAUUUAACAGAAAAUAUUGAAUUUUUAUAUUAGUGUCUUGAAGAGGCAAAUUAUAAUUGAAUUAUUUACUAUAUAUAUUUGUGGUACAGCUACUUGGUGUUAAGACUGAGUCCGUCCAUAGAAAACAGCCUGUUGUGUAAGUAAAAUGUUCUUUCAGUUAAAGGCUGUUAUUCAGGAAGUGCGUGCAAUUAUAUACUAGCUAAAUACUGUACAGUUUAUUUAGCGUGUUUUAGAGUGAAAUGUCGUGUUUGUCUCAAUUGGGUGUGAAGUUCGUUUCUUUCAUUAGUGUCCCUACAUUUUUAAAGUGAAUUAUGUGUUAGUAGCAUCCUGUGUUUUAAUAAAACAGAUGUAGGUUUGGGUAUAGCCAAGAAUAUAUUAAUUAUUGAUACAUAAGCAGUAGUUUUAUCAGAUACAGUAUGCUGUGUGUAUGAUACAGCUGUUGUCAUGUUUACUAUACAUACAAAUAAAAUCAUUGGCAUUUAAGAACUGUUAAAGUACAGUAUUUUAAAUAUUAAUACAUCAGUUAAAAUAUAAAUGAGAUAUAUUUCUUAUAUAUUAAGAUGGAGUAACUAAAGAUAUUUGAUUUAAUGAUGCUUUUAUAAUGCCAAAGAAAUUUUAUUGGUUAAAACUAUUUAUUGUCUGUAAUAUAUUGAUCUCAUUGACUGCAUUGCAUUCAUGAUCCAAGAUGAAAUAUAAUGCUCAUAUAUGGGUUUUGUAUCCAUUUUUAUAUUGGUAUAUAUUUUGCCUAAAAUGUUAAUAUUUUCCUUGUUUAAAUCUACUUCAGUUAUUUUUUUUCUGUUACCUAGUAUUCAGUACUCUUUUAAGUAUUAUAGUGGAACUCAAGAGAAAUUAAAAAAAAAAAAUAUUUAUUGGUUUUAAUAGAUGCAGUGCUCUAUAUUAUGUAGGAACUAGUAAUUAAAACCACACAUACACGAUAUAAUAUUUGCUAUGACAAAAUAUAUUUAUUAGUACAGGACUGUAAUGGAAUUGUAUCAACAUCUUGGUGGAAAUUAAAAUCUUUGAAUUAUUAAAUUAAUCAAAAAUUGGAAAUCUGCCAUUAAAAUGAAGUACAUGUAUUGAUAUUUUAAAAUCAUUUUUAUAUUCAAUUAAUAUUAUAAUACUGUACAUACGUACAUCAUAGUACAGGUAAUAAUUCAGUACUUGAAUUACAGUAGCCCCAAACAUGUGGCUACCCUCUUUGGCACAUAUUUCAUAAAAUGAAGCUAGUUUGCAUGUGUCAUAAGCUGGUCUUGUGAAGUUAGUUAAUGUGUAUAGCUGAAUCAGGAUAAGAACGCACAAUAGUUUUGCAUCUGUUAGUAGAAAAGGUUUGCCAUUUUUUUUUUUUUUUUUGACCUUUUCUUCAUUCUGUAGUAGUACACAUUGAUCAGACUAUUUUUUUGGAAUCUCCAUAAAUUAAUUAUAAAAAGUUUUCUUUUCAAGCAGGAUUGAUCAUCUAUAGGAAUUAGCCCUGUACUAAAUUAAAAGCUUUGAGGGAUGUGACUGGCUUUUCACCAUGAGUACUCUUUGUGUCUUUUAUAUUUAUUUUUGUUGCCCACCCUACUGUAAGGCUUUGUGGUACAGUUAUCAGCUUAUAUUAAAUCCCUUUUAAAUAUUGUGUAUUGUCAAGAAAGAAUAAAAAGUCACAAUACCGUGGCUGGAACAAUACACAAAUAACCCGCACUUAGGAGACAAACUGACGACAAUCCUUCAUUCUGACUUGGACCAUUAACAAGUCACACAGAAGUGAGAAGGGAAAGGGGCCAUAAUAUAUACAAGAGGGUUGGGAGAAGACAGUAGUAGUGGUGGCAAUAGAACUAGUGCAGCAGUGGUAGAGGUAGAAAUAAGAAGGUAAUACUAGUAGUAAUAAUAGUGAAAAAAAAUCACCAGAAGCUACUGAUACUUCAGGUAUCUACUCCAUUUCCUGCUCUUCUCAUUCUUUCCAAUACUUUGGAGAAAUUGACCACUCUUCCUGAGAGACUUGAAGAGCACAAAAGCAUUAGCCUAAAUGACACAACAAAGCUCUUUUCUGUCUUGUUAAGAAAUUACAGUCAUCCUGUUAACUAGUCCUCUGCCUUCACAGACACCAUCUUGUUGAUUCAUCCCUUAUACACAACAUUCCUAAUAUGAAUCUUAGUCUUGGUUUUGUCUCUAUAGAUGCCCUCCUUUCUCAUUACAUUGUCAAAGUACUCUAAAUGCCAGAACACGUAUAAUUUGACCAGACUUGUCUCCCUGUCCUUACCUCUUUGCUGUUCCUUUAUUUUCAUUGCCUUCCCUGUCUUCUGCCUAGGUGGGUUUUGCACUAUGGUAAUUUUGUCCUGCAGGGGAUUUUGGCCUAAUUUGUUAUUAUAGACUACCAUGGCUAUUACUACUACCACUACUGUUUAUUCACUAAUAUUACACUCUUUCCUUAUUUUUUUACCCACCACUACCACUACUGCUGCUGCUGCUGCUGUUGCUACUACCACCUUAUUUCUAUCUUUACUGCUUCUGCACUGCCUCUUCUGUUACCACUACAACUACCAGUACUACAACCAUCUCUACCACCACUAUCUCUGAUGCUGCUGCUACCAUUACCAUCACCACUACCACUGCUCCCAUCAUCACCACUGUUCUACCACUCCCUUUCAUUCAUAUACAGAUCCCUUUCCCUUCUCACUUCUCUGUGUGACUCAUUAACAGUCAAAGUCAGAUUAAUAAUAAUAACAAUUCUAUUUUAGAAUGAUACAUGUGUGUACAAAGGAGUGUAACAAUUUGGUGAACAUGCCAAAAGCCCCUUUAUAUGCAGAGCAUUUCGGGCAAACUUAAGACUAACUUAAAAUCAGAUUGAAAUGUCACCAUAAAUUUCAGCCUCCUAAGUGCAGGUCAUCAAAUUUAUUAUGUACUCUUAUUUAUUUUCUAUUUAGCUAAAUCUUUGUUUAUUGUUACUAGAAUUUUAAACAGCGUAUGUUCGUUUUAAAUAUAUAUGUAUAUAUAUAGAAAUUGGUACCUGCACUAUGUUUAGCAAGAAAUGUUAUUUGGGAUUAGAUUUGAUGGAGUUUGGUGUUCUGUAUUUAAGAAUCAUGAAAGUUACAGCAAAAUGCUAAUAUUAUGGAAUUAUGUUUAGAUUAAUUUUGUAGGUCCUGUCUCAACUGUUAAUUAUAGUUUUUACCCAUAAUCAGAAAACUUCACUUGUAAAACACUACAUGCCACACAUCAAUUUCCUGUUCUUUUGAUAUUACCAAAUUCAAUAAUGAUCAUCCCUUUCUUAUUUUAUUUUAACAUUAUUAAUUCUUUAGCAAGCUGUUGUUAUUUACAGUCACUGAAUAUACAUUUGUUAUUAAUACUUUUAUUAUGUCAUGAACAUAGUUUAAGAAACCUGUUAAUUAACUUGCACUCUGGCAGUCCUCCCAGUGUGUAAGUCAGUUAACACAAAUCUUACAGAUUUUUGCUUACAUUUUGUAUAUAUUGAUAUUUACUUUCCAUGUGUUUCUUAAUACAGUAGUUCUUAUUCCUGUAAUAGUUUCCAAUUUAUGAGGUCUGGUCCAAGACCUGGCCACAAGGGCAAGGGUCUCCAGAACCAUAAACAGAUAUUUACAGAUCCAUCCAACACACAUUCUUUCUCUUGGUUUUUCCUUCAACAUAUUAACAUUUGAUCCAUGUUAUCAGUCCUACAGGUUUCUGCUUAUUCCUUAUCGUACUAGCAUUGUUGGUACCAGAGAAGAGAUGUGAACUCAGUGCACUGGUUUAAACAUUUUCUGAAUGCUUGAACCACAUGAAGACUCAUCACUGCGACCUGAUCAUGAAGCAUAUAAAACUUGGUAAUACUGCAUAUGAUUAUAACCUGAAAGGUCAUCAGUAAUUGCUUAAAAAGUUUCUUAAAAAUUUAUUUUAUUGGACUGUCAUAAUGAAUAUUCUACUUUGCCAUUCGCCAGUAAAUUGUUAUUCAUUUAUUGAAGUUUUGGCAAUCACUUGUAUGUUAAUAGCAUCAAAAUUCAAAAUAAUGACAUUACAACUACUGUGAUUACUAUUUUAAUUUGCAUUGAAUGGGCUCUUGCACUUGGACUAACCUUUUAGCUUUCAAUUGACUGAUGUAAAUUAGCUCUUAUAGUGUUUGAACCCAUGAAUGGUAUGUGCCAUAUAACAGAAUAAAGAGCAGAUGAAGAUGUCUAAUAAAAAUAUAUUUUAUUUUUCUUGUAAGUGUAAAUAAACUUAAAAUAUUGCAUGCAUAUUAGGUACAGUGAAAGCUCUCUUAUCUUAAGAAAAGGAAGGGAGAAAGGAUAAGAGCCAGUAAGGAUAAUCUGCAUAUCCUGAUACAGUAGGGCCCCACUUUACAGCAUUUCACUCUACAAUAUUUAGCUAAUACAGUAGUUUUCAGUUAUACCCAUAUAUCAUUUAUUCAGACUUUCAACAAUAUAUUCACUACUCACUACAGUCGGCCAUCACUAAUCCAGCAGUCAGUUAUCUGGUUCCAUCAGUAAUCCGGCACUAAUUUCGGCUAGCAUAAUUUCAAAUUUCAUCAUUAUACUGACUCAAAUUUCAUCAUUGUACCAAUUCAGAAAUUGUGCAGAUGGUUGUAAAUCCACAGCAGCAAGCCAGUGGAGGAGAAAGUAGUGAUGAAAAUCAGGAAGUUGUAGCAGAAAGCGUCUCUGUUGAUAGGUUAAUUAAGUGUAUUCUAACCUAACCAUUCUGUAAUCCGGCAAACUCACUUAUCCGGCACACUACAGGUCCCAGUGAUGCUGGAUUAGUGAUGGCUGACCUGUAUUAGCUACGGAUGAAAAUAUUUUAAGGUAAGUAAUGCCUAACUAUAUUGCUCACUUUAUAUAUUAUAGUGUAAACAUGUUGUCAGGCUUUUAUAUGCAUUUGAAAACUAUGAUUCACUUUACAGUGAUUUUUGCUUUAAAGAAGCAGGCUAGACCCUAACCUGUAUAAAUGGGGCCUUCCUGUACUUGUUUCAUUAUUAUGUAAACCACCCAUAUGCAUUUUUUUAUGCGGAUGAAGGUCUCAUGAUCCAAAGCAUUUGCGCUGCUCUCCCUCUCCUUGGAUCAAAUCCAAGGAGAGGGAGAGCAUUUUCCUGACACUGUCUCAUAUGGCUGAGGAGCUGUUGUUGAGGUGGUUUAAGUAUUUAGAGGAUGGAGAAUAUAAUGACUAAGGGGGUAUAUAAAUCUGGGGUGAAAGAGAGUGGGUAAAGGAGGUUUUGAGUGCUAGGGGGUUCAGUAUCCAACAUACAUGUGUGUGUGUGUGUGUGUGUAUGCUAGAUCAGAGUGGAGACAAGUGGGUUUAUUGGCUGGUAAGCAAGAUUUUAGUCCUGGAAGUGGGGAAAUGCAGUGCCUGCACUCGGGAAUGGGGUGGGGAUGUUGGAGUUUGGGGAAUCAUCUGAACUGUGUCAUCACUCUUCUGAUAAAGAUAUCGAUUGAAAAAAACUAUGGUUGUGUUUUUUUUUUUGGGGGGGGGAGGGAUUCAUCCUACAUCAGUGGGAGAUGGCCAAUGCGUAAAAAAAAAAAAAAUCUUAUUUUAGCUGAUGUCGUUGUCUUUGGUAUGUGAUCAGUGAAACUAUGCCAAUUUUUUUUUUCAUAUCUGGAAUGGCAGGUGGGAAUUCACCGGGAUUCAUCAUGGCAGAGCAUUACUUUAGAGAGUAUUCCCAUGCACUGAAUAAUUCUCUGAGUUAAGUGCUUCCACAUAAAUAUAAUAAUAAUAAUAUUAAUAAUACUAACAAUAGAGAGCAUUUACUGUGCAUGACAAAUUUCAUAAUUUGAGAUACAGGUUUUCUUUAUGAAAUCACUGGCUUAUUGCUGAUCUAAUUUGCUUUUUAGGGGGAAUAAAAAAAUCGCUUAAAAAAUAUUUAAGAAUCAUAUUGCUAUUUAACUAUCAAUCUUUAUUUUCAGGCAUUUGUUAACCUUACUGGAAAAGGGUAAGAAAUUAGUUUUGCUUUUCUUUUAUCGAGUACUUGCUACUUGUGUAGACUGUAGUCACUAUAAUACGGAACAAAUUGCCUUAGAGGAUAGUGUACAGUACAGUAUAUGGUUUCUGUAUAGCUUGCUCUUAAUUCUCUUGUCAUACAAGCAGAACCGAUCACUGCAGAUAGCAUAAAGGUGUUUAAAAAAAUUCUUUAUUAUAAUUACCCCCUAUAUUUUUUUUUAAGUUAGUCAAGCAUUGGUCUUGUAUUUUUUGUCCUGCAUACCACAUUAGGAAGAUACUCUUAGAUUUAAAGUAAUUUAUUACUGGUUUUUCAUAAGUAUGAAAAUCUUAAUCUUUCAGUUGCCAAUCAUCUAAUUAAUAAUUGCUUCUUCAUAAAAAAUUUCAAGCAUGUUGCAGAAACCUGUUCAAAUCCAUCUUACGCUGUUUACAGUAUUUUUAAUGAAUAGCAGAUAAAUUUUGAACCAAAAAACACAACUCGUAAGCAUGAAUUUCCAGUAGUAACCAUUAAGUAAAGAUAAAGCUGAUUGCAUUUUACUUCCCAGUUAGUCUGUCAAGAUGGAGAUGUUUGCUUUAUGGUGUUGACCAAUAUCCUUGAUAUUAUUAUAUUCAUGAGAUGUUAAACCUUUAGGAGUCACACAGUACCUUUGGAAUUGUAAGUGCAGUACUGUAAUCAGGUUCAAACCAAGGAAGGGAAGGGUGGUUCAAAUUCCUUGAAUCAAGAGUCCUCCAUCUACAUCAAGAUACCUUUAAAAGGGUAUAUCUUCUUGCCAGUGUCAUUCCUUUGGUGCUCUCCAAUUCCUUGCAUCGAGUCUGAAUGCCUUCCAUUUCCCUAGGUGCUAUAUAACACCUACAGGUUUAGCACUUUUCCCAUGAAUGUAAUGAUUUCCUUUGAUUCAUCUGCAUUUUGCAGUUCUUGUACCUCUGCUAUGUAGCACAAAUUACCUUUGCAUAUUUAGUGCUUUUUGAAUACAGUGUUAACAUUUAGAACUCAAUUGUUCUUCAGGGGGUUGUAUUAUGCAGAAUCAUCUCCAGGUAUUUUUGCUCCCUAUAAGUGUUCAGCUGAACCUACUUAAAAACUUAUUCCUAUUUUGGGAGCUAAUAAACCCUUCUUAAGACUUUUCAUGCAGCCCUACUUCUGUCCAGGAGGCUACAGAGAUGUAGUGUAUUCCUCAGCCUUCUCAGCAGUUCAUCAUCAGGGAUUAUCUUUAUGUCUAGAGGACUUUUGGUGUUUCCUAGUUGAACACCUGUAAACAGAAGCAAACAUCCCCUCUUUGCAAGAUCGACAUUAUGCCCAUUGCCUUUGUUAUUUUGUGUUUCCAUAACAAGCGAAAAGAAUAAUCACAAAUGUUAGUAAGAUUAAUUCAUUAAUUACCAAUUCCAUUUAUUACUUUUUUAAUCUCUGCAUUGGAACUCUAGCAGUGUCUCAAAAUUUAUCCCACUUUACAUUCACUCCAUAUUGUACUUUUUCCUCUCUGUGGGAGGUUCCAAUAAUUAAAGUUUAUUCUUUACCUCUUUCCAUGUCAGGUCUAUUUAUCUACUACAAACUCGUGCUCAAUUUUGCAGUCACAUUCUCAUGCUAUGGUAGUGUACAUCAGUGGCUCCAAAUCCUCAGAAGGAAUAAGGUACAGUGCUGUUUUUCCAGAUACAGUAAUCCAAGGACAUUUAUUAAGUCAGCUAGUAACUACUGUAUCAUACUGAUGUUAAUUUUUUACUUUCACUAAUUUUUAACCACAUUAACCCCUGCCCUUACAGCCUUACUUCUCAAGGUGCCUUUUAUGUUGGCAAGGGACCUUUGAUCCAAGGAACUGGACAAAUCUUCCCCUUCCUUGGAUCAGAUCUAAUCCAAGGAAGGUACUGCAUGGCCCUUAUGUGUUUAAUGGUUCCCUCAAAAUCAGUGUAAUAAUAAUAAUAAUUUUGUCUAAUUAAAAUAAAAAUUUAACAAUUUCUAACCAUUUAAAAAUUAAGCAGAUAAAAAAUGGUCACAGGUCAAGACUAAGAGUUUACAUAUCAGCUGCUGCUGUUGCUGCUUGUGCCAACAAAGUAAUAUUUACAUUUCUAUUUCUUGCAUCUUCUGAACAACACAAAUGUAUUGUCUUGUAUAUAUUUAUAAAUGUUUGUUACUGUCCUUGCUUUGUUCAGCAUUUAUGACUGAAAUGUCUAGUACCUAAUGUUGAGCUGCAGUUCAUUGUUUAGAUAUUAGCCACAAUUAAAGUAGAGAAGACUCAGAUGUUCACAGUACGUAAAAAAGAACACAUUAGUUAUAGAAAUUAAAGUACAGUAUUUAAUGUUGUUGAAAGUGUUAUGAAUUGUAUUCCUUUACCUUUAUAAUUUUAUUUGUCCCUAUUUGUUAUUAUAAUUCCUGUAAAUAUAUUUGUAAUAUCAGUACACAAUUAAUUUCAGUGCCAUAAGAUUUAAUGAUGAUUCAUCUUAAGAUGUGUCAUCCUAGGAAAAAGUAAUCGCCAUGAUAAAAGCUUGAUUAUAGUACAACUGUGCAUAAUUUUGUACAAGUCAUUACCUGUUAUGAAAGUGAGAAUGGAUACCAAAAGGAAGAAUGUUGAAUUAUGAUGACAGAAUUGAAAGUGGUAACUGUAAAAAAAAAAUAUUUUGUGAUAAGAAGUGUUGAAUCAUAUAUUUUUUGUAUAAAUAUAAUAAUAAUGUGAUAUUAAGCAAUAUAGUAAGGUAUAUUGUGAGGUCAAGAUAAUGUAGAGACAGAAGUCAAUAUUUUAUUUUUUUAAAGAAAUGUUUUUAUUAUACAGUAAUGUUGGUUUGACUGAAAAGGAAAUGGUAAUUGCUAAAAAUAGAAAUAUAGUUUCAGUGAAGAAGAGUUGAAAGGUACUUUAGACACAAAUCACAAGAUAAGCUAUGCUAUAAGGCACAUAUGACAAUAAUGAUGUACUUUCUGUGUAAUAGACCACUCUUCCCUCACAUCAUAGCCUGUUCUUGAAGAAGUCAUAUCCUUUGCAAAAAUGUCAUUGUGUAAAAAACUCCAGAUCUAUUACAAGUACAGUAUUCCACUGAGUAAAAUGCAUUUGUGUAUCAAAUGAUGAUGAUGAUGAUAAAAAAAUGGUAUCUGGACCUAAAGCCUGUAGCAGCUUCAUCAACCUAAAUGCAACCACAGAAACAAAAAUCAAACAUAAAAAUAAAAUUAUUUUUGGAUCCAUAUAAAGAAUCUUUCAAUUGGUCUCUACAAUACACUGAUUAUCUUCUGUGUAAUCCUGCAUGAAAUAGUUUGAGAUAUAGAGGUAGGGAAUUUCAAAUUAAUUUUGUGUCUGUUUUUUGCAUUGGGACAUAAAUGGGGAAUUUUAAGAGGCUUCUUUAUGAAGUGUACAUUUCAUCCUUUAUGCACCAAUUAAAAAAGUUCAAUAAUGUAAAUUUAUAUACAGAAUGGAUUUGUGGAAUCUUUUAGGCUAGGAUCCACAGCAGUGCAAUAUUAUUACUGUAUAUUAAAAAAACAAGUGCCAAAUCUGUAUAAGUCAUCCUGCAACAGUGUAACAAGAUGUCAGUUUUUUUUUUUUUUUCCCAGAAAAAAUCACGAAGCACUCUUAAUAUGAUUGCUGUAUGACUCGUAUGGUUUUAGCAUACAUUUUUUUAAUAGAAUAAUAACCAUAUGGUAACCCACUCAUACAGUAGGAUGAGAAUUACCAUACAUAGUAGUUAUAUUCUUGGGGAAGCACUAAACUCAUGAGGCCAUACAGUUAAUUGGGAAUGAGAGGCAAUCAAGUUUCAUUCAGAGAAGUGGAAGGCAGAUCCAAGUCUUUGGAUUAAAAGAUUUUCACCAGCAUGAAGGUACCACCAUCUCCUUUCUUGAAGGAAGUGGAUUACAGUAUGUAAAGGAUAUGAAGUCAAGUGAAUCAAGAUUUGAAAAUAAUGCAUUGUAGUAGUGAGUGAUAGGAUACUGGUGUAUAUUUUGAUUCAGACCCAAAGAUGGUUGAAAAUUAAAUUGUGAACAAUGAGUUUACUUGAAAAAAAAAAUAGAUAUUAAAAAUUGUUGGUUGGCACUGUAUGAUCCAUUCAGGUUUAGAGCUUUCCAUGAAUAUAAGAAUAAUACAAAGUGUUGGAAGGUAUGGAGUGCAAGUUAACUGAGAUUGUAACAUAUUAGCAGGUGUGUAGAUCAGAGGUAAAGCACUAAAAUAGUAUUCAGAUGAAAGAAACUUUAAAAGAAAGGUUAAGAAAAUGUAAUGAUCUACAGUACUUACAUUAUACUAAUACAGGUUGAAAUGUUAAUAAUAUGAAAAGUUAGGUAUUUCUCAUCAGUACCAUUUCACUUGUGAAUAAUAUCAAUGAAAUUUUAGUAAAAAAGAUUAACACUGA